AUGGAUCUUCAUCGCCCCUUUCUCGAUGUCAAUAUGGUACCCGGCCUCAUCGAGUUGGCCGACGCUGACGAUGUUCGUCGUCAGUUGGGGAAUGUAAUACACCCCCGCGAAGGACCGGUGCUCGCCGUUCUUGCACUGGAACGCAAUUGCCCCCCAGCCUUCGAUCCACGCCAUCGAGUCAUCGCCGAACCGCAUCGUCCCAAGUACCUCCGUGUCUAGCUCGGUGAAAGCCGUACGGUAACCCGACAUGUGGUUCAUGGCGCCUGUGUCCACGACCCACGCCUCCUCAUCAUGCAGCUCCUCCUCUUCAAGGUGGGAGAACACCUCUUCCCGCAGAUGGAUCUGGGUCUGGGCGCCUGGCUUUUUCUCUUCUUUGGCAGCCCCUCCAUUGA